UAAAGCAUUAAAAAGUUGUGUUAUCAGCAUUCAUAGAACCCCACCUCUUCCGAGCGAACCUGUGGCCUUGGUCUCUCCACUCUCUGCCAUGGCAGUGUGCAUGAGUUUCAACCUAGCAACAGCUUUCAAAGGCCUUUCCAUGUCUUCUUCCUCUUCCUUCUUCGCUGGCAGCUCUCUCCGUGCGGCUCCCUCAACGUUGGUGUCUCUCCCUCCGAGGUGCCCCCUGACCAUUCAGAACGCACACAAGAAAGGCGCGGGCAGCACCAAGAAUGGCCGUGACUCUCAGAGCAAACGCCUCGGAGUCAAAAUUUACGGUGACCAAGUCGCCAAACCCGGUUCCAUCAUCGUUCGCCAGCGCGGAACAAAGUUUCAUGCAGGAAAGAAUGUGGGGCUUGGCAAAGACUAUACCAUCUUCUCCUUGAUUGAUGGAGUUGUAAAAUUUGAGAAAUACGGACCUGACAGGAAAAAGGUGAGUGUUUACCCACGAGAAGUACAGCCUGAGAACCCCAACAGCUAUAGAGCAAGGAAGAGAGAGUAUUUCAGGAUGAGGCGUGAACGCAAGAAGGCUAAACAAGCAGCAGCAAUACUUCAAUCCCAGCUGGUUCUGGCUUCUGCUGAUGAUGCAGCUAUCACUAAUCCAAUGUGCUGAUUUUGUUACAAUCGCUUCAAUGUGUAAAAUCCCUCUGUCCCAAUUUUUCUGCUUUUGUUAUCUGUCAAACCAUUAGCAUUGUAUUGAGUUCUACGGAAGUAGCAUGGCAUAAGAUGAUUGUCUCUGUUUUCUUGGCGAGGAAAUUGAACCAUCCACGGUAAAAAAAUCAUUCAUUAUUGCGUCCCUAAACAAAUUACAGAUUCCUUUAAAAUUUGUUUUCUUCUAUAGUUUUCCAUUUGAUUAAUGAAAUAAUUUCUUGGUUAAUAAG